UUUUAAAAGACGGAAGUAAAAAGUGUCAAGGCGCUUGUUGACAUUUAGUCAUCAAUAAACAUUGUAACGCAUUUUGAAGUCGCGCGAUCUAUUGUUAUUCUUCAAGCAUGAUACUUCAGCGACCAGAGAGAGACGUUAAGUAAUCGGGAAUUUCUAAACUGAAACGGCAAUCUGAAGAAGCAUAACCUAACUAUGAGCAGCAAGACUAAUAAUGCAGGGGAGAUAGAUCCCGUGCAGGAACAGCUGACUGGCCGAGUGCGGGAGGUUGGAAACUAUGCGAUCUGGAGUCUGUCCAGCUGCAAGCCAGGAUUUGGCGUGGAUCAGCUGCGCGACGAUAUCACGGAAACGUACUGGCAAUCGGACGGGCAGCUGCCUCAUUUGGUAAACAUACAGUUCAAGAGGAAGACAACUAUUCGUGACAUAUGCAUCUAUACAGAUUAUAAGCUGGAUGAGAGCUACACGCCCAACAGGAUAAGCAUCCGAGCUGGGACCAAUUUCAAUGAUCUACAAGAAGUGGAAGUGAUGGAUUUAAAUGAACCAAGUGGAUGGAUAGUGAUUCCUAUUAAAAACAUUAAUGAUCGGCCCAUUAGAACAUUCAUGAUUCAAAUAGCAGUCAUCAGCAAUCAUCAGAAUGGCAGAGAUACUCAUAUGAGACAGAUUAAGAUCCACAGCCCUGCACAAGACAUUCUUGGCCCACCAGCGCCUUACAUCCCAGGACAAUUUCUUACUAAUGAAUUUUUACGCUAUGCCACUAUUAGAUAAGAUUUGUAAAUUAAAUUCCUUAAUACAUAUAUACAUAUUAUUAAA